AUGUUACGUUUGUGGAAUUUGUGGACUGUCAUAGACACGUGGAGGCUGAACAAGACACAUAUGGAUACGCAUUGGCUACCUGCGAACGAUCUCUGCCUUCCUUGUUCCAUCGAAUACGACUUGAUUGGGAAGGUGGGAACUCUCGAACAAGAUGUCAGCUUUUUGUUGCGCAAACUCAAUGAAACGGACCUCAUUCCGUCAUUUCAAGCCCAGCAAAAAGCACCUCAGACAACACCAUCUGUGUGGAGACAGAUGAUGAAACAACUUAGCCAACAACAGAUCUACGAUCUUCUUACCAUUUAUGCAGCCGAUUUUCAUAUGUUUGGAUAUCUACCGGAUUACCAAUUGUAG